AUGUCGUACAAUAAUUAUGCUAACAUGUCAACAGAAAUGAAAGAUCGAAUGGUUGAAGGUACAGAUAUACAGCAACAAAUCACGACUUUCAAUAGUGAAAGAGAAAAAUUUGGCAUGAUUCGCACACCCAAACGACAUCAUUCAGAUGAACAACGAACAAACACUGAUGAUGGUCAAAUUAUGUUGUCAGAUAAUGAUGAAGAAUUUCGGCUCGUCACACACCAACGCAAGAAAUUCCAACGUGAAAGCAAGGACAAUCAUUAUCAAAAACAAAGUGACGUCAUACAUACGAAUGAAGAAUUGAAUCACUUACAACAAGAAAAACAAUAG